AUGCUCACACGGGAUGCUAUAGUACAGCUAAUGUGGCCAAGUGAAGUGGUUGGAAACCGUAGAUCAUAUUGCUUUCGCAACAUUACAGGGCAGAAAAAAACAGGACAGGAAGAUGGAGACACGUACCAAUAUCCAAAUAUCGAUUCAAAUUCCUCACAUGCCAAAGCCAUGGAUCCCCUACCAACAAUACGACAAAUAUGCCGUCAGAAAUCAUAUAAGAAAAGUCUUGAAAACAUAAGCAGGGUUUCAAGGUCCUUCCUGUCUGGCAUCUUCCCUACCCAGCAAGCUUAUUGCCGAAUUAAGUCAAGAAAAGAGUUAUUGAUUACAAGCACGCUUAGCGAUUUGAAAGCAAAAUCCAACAAGGGGAUAACUGUUUUCCACGGUCACUGUCAUAAAUUUUUAUUGCUCAAUGCUCAAAAGCAUGCAAUACAAUGCAAAUGGCCAGAAAAGCAGAGUAAUCGACGCGAAGAGGACGUGUCUCAGAUACUGGCUUCUUGUUCCCGCUUUUACUGCUGA